GGUGAUAGGCCGAGCCCCGGGCGUGCAUUGUGUAUAUGCAAACCAGCGCCCCGGCUCUCGGCUGCUGCGCGGCCCGGGCCGGGGCUGCGGCUGGGACCGGUGCAGUGGUGGGCGCCCCUGCCCGCGUCGGAGCCCCGCACUGUCAUGCCCCAGUCGCCCCACAGGCGGCUGCGUCCUCGAGUCGCCACAUAAGCGCUGCGAGGGGGCACGCGGAGGGGCUGAAGAUGACGGUGCCCGCGCAUGGGCCCCCGCUGAUUGCCAACCCCUCCCGAGCCCGCGCCCUGCGCGGAGCCCGAGGCCGCCUAGGACCCGCCUUCGCCGCAGUAGCAUCUGGAGCAGCAGCAAAGGCGGCGGCGGCGGCGGUGGCCGGGCCCCUCUCGCCAGCGCGUAAAGACGCGGCGGCAGCUCGGGGGCCGCCGCUGCCCCGGCUGCCAUGAGUUGUGCGGAGGUGAUGUAUCACCCCCAGCCGUAUGGAGCGUCCCAGUAUCUGCCCAACCCAGUGGCAGCUGCAACUUGCCCCACAGCCUGCUACCAUCCGGCGCCCCAACCUGGCCAGCAGAAGUUAGCGGUAUACAGCAAGAUGCAGGACUCUCUGGAAGUCGUCCUUCCCAGCAAACAAGAAGAAGAGGAGGAGGAGGAAGAGGAAGAGAAAGACCAGCCUGCCGAGAUGGAGUACCUUAACUCGCGCUGUGUCCUCUUCACUUAUUUCCAGGGAGACAUUGGGUCAGUAGUGGAUGAACACUUCUCCAGAGCUUUGGGCCAAGUCAGCACCCUUCAUCCAGAAUCUACCAUUUCAAAAAGCAAGAUGGGGCUAACCCCUCUAUGGCGAGACAGCUCAGCUCUCUCAAGCCAGCGGAGUAGUUUCCCAACUUCCUUUUGGACCAGCUCUUACCAGCCCCCACCUGCACCCUGUUUGGGGGGAGUUCAUCCUGACUUUCAGGUCACUGCACCCCCUGGCACCUUUUCUGCAACUGACCCCAGCUCCUGGCCAGGACAUGGCCUGCAUCAGACUGGCCCUGCACCUCCCCCUCCUGCGUCCGAGUCCUGGCACUAUCCUUUGGCAUCUCAGGUGAGCCCAUCCUACAGCCAUGUGCCUGACGUGUACCUGCGGCACCACCACCCCCAUGCCCACGUGCACCAUCGCCACCACCACCACCACCACCACCCUCCUGCUGGCUCUGCCCUGGAUCCGUCAUAUGGGCCCCUGCUGAUGCCAUCAGUGCGUGCAGCCAGGAUUCCUGCUGCCCAGUGUGACAUCACAAAGACAGAACCGACUACAGUCACCACUGCUACCUCAGCAUGGGCUGGAGCCUUUCAUGGAACAGUGGACAUAGUGCCAAGCGUGGGGUUUGAUACAGGUCUACAGCCUCAAGACAAGAGCAAGGAGUCCCCAUGGUACUGAACACACAGUCUCAGUGAGUCAGGUUGCAGCACGAAUCCCAGGGCCCACUGGGAGAAGACGCUGUCAGGAUUUUCCAUUCUGCGAUGGGACGUGAGACCCGGAAGGGGAAGAGGAAGUGUCAGGCAGUAAACUCUGGUUUCGAGCCUUUUCUUGAUAAAGCAGCAUGGGGCCUGGACAUUGAAGGAAGGCAUUUUUGUCUGGUUUUUCCCUCAUCUGAGCCUUUGCCAGCUGUGCAACUCUUUCUGUUUUCUUGCUUUUACCAGUACAUGGGUUAGUUUUUUAUUUCAUCUGACUUUUUUUUUUUUAUCCAACCACCUUGUCAGGAAAAGAUGAACUACAAAUUAAAACGUUCUUUCUGUCAGGAAUACAGUUUGGUAGCUCUAUGUGCAUUUAUUUUUGUAGAAAUACAGAAAAUGUUUGGUUUAACAUUGAUGGGCUGUAUUGGAGGGAUGUAUUUUUUUUAAUAUUGUAAAAAUUGUUGAGUUCUGUUUAAAGAACUUGCUCUCAGAGAAGCACUGGCAAAAAUGUUUAAAAUGCUUAUCUUUAAAAAAAAUGCUUAUCUUUACGGUGUCUGUGAUAUGGUCUGUCUGCUUUCUAGGUUACCUCAAGUCUGUGAUAGUUUCCUUUUUACAAAAGUAGAUAUGCCAUAGCCAAACCAGUACAGUAUUGUUCUUACAUUGAACCUCAGUGAAGAUUUAAAUUCCAUGCUAGCUCAAUUAAUUUUGAAUUAUAUAUAUAUAUCUCAAAAAGGUUUAUUACUUUGAUUUCUACAGAAGAGUAAGAUGGAAAUAGAGUAAGAAAAUUUGCAUAAAUUUUCAAUGGACAGUUUGCCUAGAGUAUAAUAAUUUUCUUCCCUAUCUGUACAACUUAAACAAGAAGUUAUGUACCAGAAAUUAUCUACUACUACUGGGAAAAAAUACAUUUAACCACACUACCUA